CGUAGCUGGUGUCCAGUUAACCAUCCUAAUGUGACCACACCAGGACAAACAUUCGUCAACAUGGGUCUGAGACAAGUUGGAGUUGUCUGCUACAUAUGCGGGCGAGAGUUUGGGACCCGCAGCAUUGGCAUUCAUGAGCCUCAGUGCUUGAAGAAAUGGGAUAUCCAAAACCAGAAGCUUCCAAAGAGCAAGAGACAAGCCAAACCGGUGAAGCCGGUAGAGUUCGAUGAACCGUUCAGUGCUGAUCCCACAGCUAGGGCAGCUCAGAUUGAGAAGAUUAACAUGGCGUCUAAUAUUGCAGCUACUGAGAAUUUGGUGCCAUGCAGGAAUUGUUCAAGAAAGUUCCUGCCCACUAGGAUUGAAUCUCACGAGAAAGUUUGCUGCAAUCUGAAGAUGGCACCAGCUGCGGCCUUGAAAUCCAAUUCGGGAUAUUAUGGGCAACGAGUGCAUGUUGUUGACGGUCAGCAAGUUGAUGCUAUCGCCAUGAAAAAAGAGAAAACAUUUUCAAGCAACACUAUCGAGAAGAAGAAAACAGGUCAAUUCAAUACCAACAUCCCCACGAAAACAGUGAACAACAAUGCGACCAACGUUCUACAAGGCAGAUCACAUACAACAGCGAACCUGACCCUCUCCAGAGGACCACUGCAAACUGUUCCCUGCCAGUUCUGCGGCAAAGCCAUCAGUCACAAUGCUAUUAACAUCCACAUUAAAAAGUGCAGAUCUCGGUCAGAACCUCUACCCCAAACUUCAGAUUCUUCUGAGUGUACGUACUGCAAUAAGAAAUACCCCCUUAACGUCAUCGCUGUUCACAUUAGAAAUUGCUCUGCAGCUCCUAAGAAGAUUUUUGGUCCAAAGGGUCCCUCCGAAAAAGUUUCCCCAAAAAAGCAAAAACCUCAGUUAACCCCUCCACAAACUCCUCCUAAGAGGAUCGAGCCACUGUCAGGCAAUGUUAACAAUGUUAAGGGUAAUGCUAACAAUGUUAAAGGUAACCCAUACGCUCGCUACUCUCCCAGACCACCAUCUGCAGACAGACUGAGUUCCAGUCUGGACACCAGCCUAGAAGUGGAAGUAGAUCUGAUACUGGGUGUGGAUCCUGGUCUGGUUAUGAACUGUAUGGUGUGCGGUCUGAUCGUGCUGAAGAGCAAACUCAACACCCACUACCAUAAUUACUGCCAGAAAACCACCAUGACUCGCUCCAUCACCAUACCACCGUCCACCACCACCAAGGUCCCAAAACCUCCCUACGCUCCAAAACAAGAACUUGUCGCCUGUGAUAUUUGUAACCGUAGCUUCAGAGCUGAUGUAAUUGAGGAGCAUGAGAUGCGGUGUGCUAUCAAGAAUCAAGAUGAGCUAAAUAAGUCGAUCACUGUUCCAGAUAUAAGUCGGGCUCCGAAUAACGCUGAAGAAGGGGGUAACUCCUUCACUACCAACGGUUUGAGCUCACCAACUCAAGUCAUCGGUAAAUUCGUAACGGGGAAGUUUGUACCCUGUAUUAACUGCAAUAAAUCGUUUACAGUCCGGUCUCUGGUUAUUCAUCAAAAACAGUGUAUGAAAUGAAAUUUUGUAAUUUUUAAAGUUGAUAAAGUAAGAAUGAUGUACGUCGAUAACAAUAGAAAUUACAUGUGAUGUGUCUUGUCGCCGCUUUCUCCUGCCUUUUCCUUGCUAUGCAAUCUACUCGAAACUUCCAAAAUUAAUUGUUGUAAUUUUGGUUAAAUUCAACUCUCUUAUAUUUUAAGUAGAUGAUUUCUAUUGUAGCGAAAAUAUUUUUUGUGAUGUAUUAUAACUUGUAAAUAU